UCUUCUCUCUUCCACUUGUGCUUCAUCUCCAUCGACAGGUACCUUGCUGUUACUGACCCUCUGGUCUCUCCUAGCAAGUUCACGGUGUCUAUGUCAGGGAUAUGCGUCAGUGUCUCCUGGAUCCUGCCCGUUGUAUACAGCGGUGCAGUGUUCUACACAGGUGUCAGUGACGAUGGGAUGGAGGAAUUAGUAAGUGCUCUCAACUGUGUAGGUGGCUGUCAGAUGGUUGUAAAUCAAGACUGGGUUUUGAUAGAUUUUCUGUUGUUCUUCAUACCUACCCUUGUUAUGAUAAUUCUUUACUGUAAGAUAUUUCUAAUAGUGAAACAACAAGCUGUAAAAAUUGAAAAUACUGGUAGCAAAGCAGAAUCAUCCUCAGACAGUUACAAAUCCAGAGUGGCCAAGAGAGAGAGAAAAGCUGCUAAAACCCUGGGUAUCACAGUGGUAGCAUUUAUGAUUUCAUGGUUACCAUAUACAAUUGAUACAUUAAUUGAUGCCUAUAUGGGCUUCAUAACCCCUGCCUAUAUUUAUGGGAUUUGUUGUUGGGGUGCUUAUUGUAACUCAGCCAUUAACCCUUUGAUUUAUGCUUUAUUUUAUCCUUGGUUUAGAAAAGCCAUAAAAAUUAUCUUAAGUGGAGAAUUUUUAAAGGAUAGUUCAUCGACCAUUAGUUUAUUUGCAGAAUAA